GUACCAUUUGUUAUCAAAAUGAGAACAAUCAUCUUAGUAGCGUUCUUUUUCUGCAUGUGUGUUGCUGUGUCUCAGCAAUGCAGUUCGAGUGCAGAUUGUGCAAGUGAUGAGUGUUGCAGCAAAGGGAUUUUGUCAAACCCAGCAUGCAAGAAAUUGAGGCAGAAAGGUGAAUUUUGCUUGGACAACAUUGAGGAAUUAAACGACGAAGGCAUUUACAGAUUUAGUUGCCCCUGUGCAUCAGGACUCAAAUGCAUGGCGGAGAAGAAGAAGAACGAAAACAAUGUGGUGGUUUUUGUUGACAGAUGCGUAGAAGCAUAGAAGGAAUUUGUUGUUCUUAAAGUACUUAUUGUAUGAUACUAUUAUCUAGGCUCAAAUAAAAUUUGUACAAAAAUAAAAUCAAUGAAAUAAA